UGUGAACAAUAGAGGUCGUUGCUAUUUACCUAGCUUAAAGUUCAUCAAUCAUGUCAAUGGCAUGGUGCGGUAUCUUCAACUUGUUCAAGGUAAAUAUUUCAGAACAACCAACAUAGCAGUGGAGUCCUCUGUGGGAAUGGAUCAAGACACGGCCAGGAAGCUUUUCGAGGAAGGAGCAACACUUCUCUUUCUCAACGUCCCCCCUGGCACAGAAUUCGGCAUCGACUACAACACAUGGAACACCGCGGAGAACUUCAAGGGAGUCAAGAUGAUCCCACCGGGAGUGCACUUUGUGUACUACAGCGCUGUGAACGUCAGGGAGCGCAGUACCGCCCCUCGCAUGGGGUUCUUUCACUGCUUCAAGCGGCAGGAGGUGAUGGUACUGAGCUGGAGCAAACGAGACGAGGAUGCAGUGGAGCACUUCUUGGAAGACGGCGAGGAGGCAGAGUAUCGGGGACGUCUUAGAGAGUUUGAUCCAUUCUUAGGAUCCUACCCUUACGAAAGCUUGAAGAAGUGGGUGUCGCUAACUAGCCACAUCACGGAAGCCUUGGUCAAAGACUUGAUGCCAUCGUGUGGGAAGAUCUUUUCAGCUCCGCAGUUGAUUGCAGAUGACAAAACCCGGACAUCAGCCCAGAGAGCUGAGUUAGCAGAAAGCCGGCGUCUGGAACACCCUGAGGGUGCAAAUACCAGUGCCGAGGAUCUGCUACCCAGGAUGCACAAUGAGCCAGGGACAGAGAUCCGGUUCAGUCCCAUCCCGGAUAGGAACUAUCCAGUGGGAGCUUCUGCCGCUGAGAUCACCAAGUACUCCAUGGACCUCAGUUACACCCUGGAGAGCAUGCUGAGGACACAUUACCCAGACCACCCCAGCGGUAUCCUUGGGGAGAUCCAGUUUGCCUUUGUCUGUUUCCUCGUUGGACAGGUCUACGACGGCUUUGAGCAAUGGAAGCGACUGGUCCACAUCCUAUGUGCCUCUGAAGAGUCCCUCAUGGCUCACCAGGAGCUCUAUGCUAGCUUCAUCACUGCACUCCACUUCCAGCUCAAGGAGGUCCCUGCUGACUUCUUCAUCGACAUCGUCUCCAAGGACAACUUCCUGACCACCACCCUGCGGGAAUUUUUCACCAACCUGGAAGAGGCGGAGGUCAGUCAGCCGAUAAAGGUCAAAGGUCGGCGAUUCAAGGACAGCCUGACUAAGAGAUUCAGGUGGGACUUUGAUGCUAUGCCAGACGACGAUGCUCCAGUUGUCGUGCAACUCUGAACUCUUGCCCUCUUGACUUUCAAGUUUUGUGGAUUUCCUGUUACUUGCAGACCAUCUGUUCACAGUGUCUGCAAUGCGGCUGUAUAGGAGCAAGUUGGGGACAAGAGCCACCAUGAGAUCUGUGCAUGAACAAGAGAGGGCGCUUUUGAACCACGUUUGAGGACCCAUGGGCGGGACACAAUGCAUGUGCCUGGUUCGCAGGUACACUGAUUUUAUUCCGAAUGUGCACAAAGCCAUACAUGUACAUGUACUAUCUUUGAGUGAGCAUUACUCGGCAAUGCGUUUGAAUGUCUCUCCAUGUGGUCUUCCCGAACUCUCUUUUUCUUAGGCCAAAAAAAAAAGUCUCUGGUUUCUGGUAUGCGCGCGCGUCGCUGUAGCCAUGCGCGUCGGCAAAAUGAAACAGUUUUUUUUUUCA